GGAAUAUUGUGGGGUUUGUUCCCAGAUCUCUUCAGAAGGUGCCCCCACCAUGCCUGGAAAGAGGUCCAGGUGCUCCUUCUCCCGGCUGGAGGUGAUCCUGAUCGUGUGCCUGGUGCUGAUGGUCUCCCUCACUGUGGCGCUCCUGGUGCUGCACUUCCUCACCAAAAACACCGAUGACUGCACCAACAACACAGCAGAGGAGGCAAAGUACCUGCUGGGUGUUGGCAGAGCUGACUGCACGGGGCCCGUGGCACAGGUGCCUCUGAUGGGAUAUGCCAACCCCGAGCAGGUGGGUGGCGGGCUCCUCUCACGCCUCUACAGCCGAGCCUUCAUCGUGGCAGAGCCCGAGGGCUCCAAGCGCGUCGUGUUCGUCAGCGCCGACAUCGGGAUGGUGUCCCAGAGAGUGAGGCUGGAGGUGCUGAAGCAGCUGCGGAGCAAGUACGGCGAGCUGUACCGGCAGGACAACGUCAUCCUCAGCGGGACCCACACCCACUCAGGGCCUGCAGGCUACUUCCAGUACACCCUCUUCUGGAUCACCAGCAAGGGGCUCAUCCAGCCAGCCCUCAGCUCCAUCGUGAAUGGCAUUGUGAAGAGCAUAGACAUUGCCCAUGAGAACAUGAAGAGAGGAAGGCUCUUUAUAAACAGAGGCACAGUAGAAAACAGCCAGAUCAACCGGAGCCCUUUCUCCUACCUCGCGAACCCGGAGUCCGAGCGGAAAAGGUAUUCAUCCAACACGGAUAAAGAAAUGGUGCUGCUGAAGAUGGUAGAUGAGAACGGGCACGAGCUGGGCCUCAUCAGCUGGUUUGCCGUGCACCCGGUGAGCAUGAACAACUCCAACCACCUGGUGAACAGUGACAACGUGGGCUACGCCUCCUACCUGUUUGAGCAGGAGAAGAACAAGGGAAUGCUCCCUGGAGAGGGCUCUUUCGUGGCCGCCUUUGCCUCGUCCAACCUGGGAGACGUGUCCCCCAACACGCGGGGCCCCUUCUGCGCCAACACGGGCGAGUCGUGUGACAACCCCCAGAGCACCUGUCCCGUCGGAGGGGCAACCAUGUGCAUGGCCAAGGGGCCUGGGAAUGAUAUGUUUGAGAGCACCAGGAUUAUAGGGCAAAACAUCUACUUGAAAGCAAAGGAGCUGUAUGAAAAAGCCUCCCAGGAGGUGACAGGACCCCUGAGCUCAGCCCACCAGUGGGUGAAAAUGAGCAACGUGUCCGUGGAGCUCAACGCCACACACACGGUUAAAACCUGUAAACCAGCCCUGGGGCACAGCUUUGCUGCAGGGACUAUUGAUGGAGUGGGGGCUUUCAACUUCACCCAAGGCUCAGUAGAAGGGGACCCGUUUUGGGAUCAAAUCCGGGACCAGCUGCUGGGAGAGCCAUCGAACGAAACCACAGCCUGCCACAAACCCAAGCCCAUCCUCUUCAACACGGGAGAGGUAAGGACACACCUGACCAUGUCUGGACGCAGGCUGCGGGAGGCUGUUCAAAGGGAAUUUAAUUCCCAUGGGACAUCAGGGAUGAACGUUGUGAUUGCAGGUCUGUGCAAUGUCUACACCCACUACAUCACCACCUAUGAGGAAUACCAGGUUCAACGAUACGAGGCUGCCUCGACUAUUUAUGGGCCACACACCCUUUCUGCUUACAUCCAGCUGUACAGGGGCCUGGCCAAGGCUAUUGCUCUGAAUGCCACUCAGGAGCUGUCCCCUGGCCCAGAGCCCCCACUUUUCAACGUAACCAAGCUGACCCUGCUGCCUUCUCUCGGCACCGAGAACGCGCCAGCCAACAAAAACUUUGGAGAUGUGCUGGAAGAAGUGAGACCAGAGUAUCGAGAGAGAGAAGUUGCUGAAGUGACUUUUGUGGGUGCAAACCCCAGGAACUCAGCAGAGAACGCGACUGAGCAUAACUUCCUGACGGUGGAGAGAUACUCCAACAUUUCCAGCAGCUGGCAUGUGGUGCUGAACGACGCCUCCUGGGACACCAGGUUUUACUGGAGCAAAGGAUCCCUUGGCCAGAGCAACGUGACCAUUGAGUGGCACAUCCCGGCUGGCACGGAGCCCGGCGUGUACCGGCUCCGCUACUUCGGGCACUACAAGAAGAGGGUGGCCUUCCUCCGUGUCAUCAGCGUCCCCUUUGAGGGCUCAUCCUCAGCAUUUCAAAUCACAGCUCCAUAGGUGACCCCGUUCCCUAAAGGGCCA